CGUACGAACUUGCGAACAGCCGAAACUGGUCCGACUAGAACCCAGUCCCAAAUCGGGGAACGCCUAACAGCUGAUCUACUGUAAGCUGUAAGCUGUACCCGAGCUGAUGCAGAUAUGGAAGAACAGUACGAAGUCAAGAAGGACAUUGAAUAUUACGUGAAAUCUAGCGAUGAUGAAUGUUGCAGUCAAGAAAACAGCAUCUCUAAGAACACACUCGACCUGUUUUUGCCAUUACAUUCGGACUCGAGUACACCGAUAGUCGUAUUUGUCCACGGCGGCGGUUGGAUGAGAGGGGACAAGCAAGCGUACAGGCAUUAUUUCUCCUGCUACGAUACAAAUCUACUAGUUGCUCUUCUGUUUUCCUACUAUGAUGGCUACGCGAAUGUAGGGAAGAGCUUUGCCCGUGCUGGGAUAGCUUGUGCGGUGAUUUCGUACCGGCUGAGUAGGUUGGAAUUCCCCUGGUUAUUAUUGGAGUUAACAAUGUCUCUUUUGAUGUCUUUGACCGUAUUGCUCACACCGCUCGUCUUUGUAGCAUUCGUCGCGGGCAUCGUGUCAAAUGUUUUACACAGAACAGAGGAUAACUUUAAUUUUACCGCACAAUCUGGCUCUAUUCUAAGCUACUGUACUCUGCUUCUCUUAUUUUCUUUGUUUAUUCUCUGGUUCAUUGUUUGUCAAAAUGGUGAUGGCUACUUCAUCCCACCCCAGGCAAAAUUCUAUCCGCUAAUUCUAUCACUAGUUGUAUCUACUGCUUGUCUUUUAGUACUGGAUAUUGAACUGGUUUCAUUUGCAUCCUGUUUGACUAUUUGUAUGGUGCUAUUCUUGCUUCACUCAUUUGCAAUGUUCCAGCGAUCAUGCCGGCCUAUUGUCAGACAUCCCAGCCAUAUUAAUGAUGUAGCUCGUAGUGUGGCGUGGGUGGUAGGAUAUUAAUGCAACCAAGAGAUACAACAAGAGCAGGUGUUUUUGUGCGGGCAUUCUGCUGGUGGUCAUUUAGUGUCAUUGCUUGCUUUGGACUCCAACUACCUGGAGAAUGUUGGAGUUCCUUUGUCAAAUAUUAAGGGUGUCAUUUCAAUAUCUGGUGUGUACAACCUGCACAAACUGGCCAGUGGAUUUCUAGGCCCAUUAUAUCUCCAUCCCGCAUUUGGUACCAAUCCCAAGACCUGGACUCAGGCCUCGCCAUACCACAGCCUUCAACAGCUUCCAGGAAAUACCAAGGAACAAGGGCCCACGGAUACCAGCUUAAACGGUGGUUCACUUGUGCAUCAGACAAGGGUUCCAUUUCUUGUGAUAAAUGCUGCCAUGGACUUUCUACUACACGAUGAUGCAGUAACGUUUGUGGCUUUGUUAAAGGAGAAGGGCUUUCAGUGCGAGCAUUUUGUGAGCAAAGGAAGUAAUCAUUUAUCUAUUGUUUUAACAUUUGGUCAGAGCAGUUUUAAAAUGCUUCAAAGUUCAAAUUGUGAACAGACUGCAGAAAUGCUUUGUUUGGAAUUUGUCAAGAGAAAUAUUCUUUUGUCCUGAAAAUUACGGUAUUUUGUUAUAAAAAAAAAUCAAAGGAAAUUGAAUUCUUUUACCUAACUUAUAAUUACAGAUUUUGCUCUAAACUUAUAAUUACAGGUUUUACUCAUCGGCGAAUCCAGACUUCUAGUUAAUUUUUUUUUGCCAAGGCUGUUAUGAUUUGUUCUUAGCUAUGUUUCAAGAUUUUGUAGCGCUUAAUAAGAUUUGUUUGUAUCUCUGACAAAAAAACAAAAAUACUCCUGCUGAUGACAGGUGAAAAAACACCACAGCGUUUACCAAGAGAGAUAACUUUUCAUUAAUACCCGUUUUUUUCUCUGCGUGCGGCGCGCGUAAACUUCUCCCGUAAGGGAAACGUAAAAUUACUCUUAAAUUACUGAAAAUGUUUAUAUCCUGUGACCGCAAUAAAAAAAUCGCAUCCAAUAA